AUGGCUGACACACGCGAACUUCCCGUUUUUGCGUAUAUCGAUGAUAUCAAGCAGCUCCAAGAGCUCCGACAAUACUUGAACAAGCACGAGAGUGUUAAGUUGGAUCCUACAGGUCCAGCUGAAACCGCCAAGAAUUUGGUCGAGAUCUGUUCGACCCUCCAUGUUCUCCCAUUGUGGUCGCAAGACGUAGACCUGGUGCUGAAUUCGAUUUCCUCGUUGAUUGUUGUUGUUCCUGGAGAGAAAUGCGAGCCGGUUGUCGAUGCAUUCAUCAAGAACGUGUCACCGAAAUUUUACAAAGGAAUUGGAUGGGGCAGUCAUGCUGGAAUCGCUGUUCGUGUUCUCUCCAACUUGUACAAGGGAUACUCGAACUUCCACACUGUGCAAGAGAAAAUUUUCAUGGCUCUUGUUGAUAUGUGCGCCGAGGCGAGACUUAUUGGAGAGUUAGAAUGCAAUCUGGAAACUCUGCACGACAGAUUCAACACUUGGCAAACUCCAGUCGAGGGACAACGCGAAAUUUUGAGAGCUGUUCAUCGCGCCCUCCUUGUGGACCAAAGAGCAGAUCAAGCUGCCAAGGUUAUGACUGCGUUGUUGGGAACAUACACUGAGAAGGAUGCCGCAACAGCUCGCGACGAUGCUAUGGAAUGCGUCAGAACAGCUGUCGUCGAUCCAAAAUCUUUCUCCUUUGACCACCUGGAGAGGCUCAGUGCUGUGAAAGCAUUGAAAUCAUCCGAUCCACUCAUGUUCACUGCUUUGGAAUUGUUCAUCUCAGGAACUCUCAAGGAUUAUCAGCAGUUUGUUGCCAAGAACCCAAAGUUCGUCACAGAUUACUUGAAAGUCGAUGAAGUUAUUCUCCUCAAGAAAAUUCGUCUUUUGACCCUCAUGUCGUUGGCCGAAGAGAAGAACGAAAUCAAGCUGGAUGAGUUGGCCAAACAGUUGGAUAUUCAUGCAGACGAAACCCUCGAAGAGUUUGUAAUCGACGCAAUUCAAGUCAACGCGAUAUCCGGAAAGAUUAAUGAAAUGGCCAACACUCUCAUCGUCAGCUCGUACCAACACCGAAGAUUUGGAUCGGACCAAUGGGUUCUGCUUGAGAAACGUCUCAAAGUCCUCAUUGCAAACCUGAAGCAGACGCAUAACAACGUCCACGAGGUGAAUCAAAGAAUCGAGGCUCUUUAA